AAGCUGGAGCCUCCUACCCUGCUGCUGAACCUGUGACUGCCGGCCACAUGACCCAGCAGUUCCACUCCCAGGCAUACUCUCAGGACCGACGGCGGAUACUUAAGCAAAGGCUCUUUCUCCACUGAAAUGCUGUGACCUUUGUCAUAGUGACCACGUAUGCGCGGAUCUACUCAGGGACUCUGCUUGUAGGGCUCUUACUUCGCUAUUACCACUGCAGGGGCGGAGGGCGGCUCUCCGUUCUGGACUCAGCUCACUUCGCCUCCCAGCCCUUCUCUGACACCUGUGUCCCAGCCCCGACAGACAGGAAGCGACGCUCCAGACUUUACAGAGAUGAUGAGAGCCUUGGGAUACCCUCGACAUAUUUCUAUGGAAAAUUUCCGCACACCAAAUUUUGGACUUGUGUCUGAAGUACUUCUUUGGCUUGUGAAAAGGUAUGAACCUCAGACUGAUAUCCCUUCUGAUGUUGAGACUGAACAAGACCGUGUUUUCUUCAUUAAGGCGAUUGCCCAGUUCAUGGCCACCAAGGCACAUAUAAAACUCAAUACUAAGAAGCUUUAUCAAGCAGAUGGGUAUGCAGUGAAAGAGCUCCUGAAGGUCACCUCUGUCCUUUACAAUGCUAUGAAGACCAAAGGGAUGGAGGGCUCAAGAGUGGGAGAGGAAGAUACCAGCAAAUUCAAGUUUGAUCUUGGCCCAAAGAUUGCAGAUUUGAAAGCAGCCAGGCAGCUUGCUUCUGAAAUCACCUCCAAAGGAGCGUCUCUGUAUGAUUUGCUGGGCAGGGAGGUGGAACUGAGGGAACUGAGAACAGAAGCAAUUGCCAGACCUCUGGAAAUAAACGAGACUGAAAAAGUGAUGAAAAUUGCAAUAAAAGACAUUCUGGUGCAGGUUCAGAAGACUAAAGACCUUCUCAAUAACGUGGCCUCUGAUGAAGCUAAUUUAGAAGCCAAAAUUGAAAAGAGGAAAUUAGAACUGGAAAGAAAUCGGAAGCGACUCCAGACUCUGCAGAGUGUCAGGCCAGCCUUUAUGGAUGAGUAUGAGAAGAUGGAGGAGGAAUUGCAAAAACAAUAUGACGUUUAUCUGGAGAAAUUCCGAAACCUGGCUUAUUUGGAACAACAGCUGGAGGAUCAUCACAGGAUGGAGCAGGAGAGGUUUGAGGAAGCUGAAAAUACUCUACGUCUGAUGCAGAACAAGCUAAAGGAAGAAGAAAACCGACUCCUCAAGAGUUCAGGCAAUCGUGACUCCGACAUUGACGUCCGGGAGGACGAUGACUCUGACAGCGAACUGGAAGAGAGACGGCUGUCCGAGCCGCGGAUGGCCAUGGAGGGCCUCGUGAAAGGAAGACUCAGCAAACGCAUCGUGGGCACAAUGCAGGGGGGAGACUCGGAUGACGAUGAGGACUCAGAGGACAGUGAGAUCGACAUGGAAGAUGGCGAAGAGGAGGAUGACGACUUGGAAGAUGAGAGCAUCGCUGCCUCCCCACCUAAGGCCCGCCGCGGGGUCCGGAGACCUGAGCCCCUGGAUGAGAGUGACGACGACUUCUGACCUGCUUGCUGCGGCACCCAGACAGAUUAAACCCCCAGAUUCGUAGGUAAAUGGGAAGCUGGAAGGUUAGGAGGGAAACAGGCCAGCUGGACUCGCUGCUGGAGAGGCGGUGCCUGCCUCUGCUUUAGCCUCCUGUGUUCUCCGCAGAGCUCAGACACGAACCCAAGUGGGCACCAGACAUGACUUUUUUUUGCCUUAUCUGUCUUUUGAAACUUGGGAAAUUGCAUGUGUUUUUAAUGAUUCACAUUCACAAGACUAAAACUCGGGAAGAAAUAAGGACCAACACUAUGAAGACUUGGCUAUUGUAGUUGCCAGAUGUUUCUUCCAAGAGACGGUGGGACCGAGCCAGGGCUGGGCCUGGGCACGGGCGCUCCUCUCCGGGGCCUCAAGGGGUGUCUGCCUGGGGCCGCACGUGCCGGUAGAACACUGGCUGCUCGUCAGCUUUUCAUUCUAGCCUUUAUUUCAUUUCAGAGUCUUACUUCUUUCUUCUGCAUGCUCGCAACACGUAGCUCUAAAUGUAUUUUGUGAACUAAAGCUUUCAGCUCAAGUAAGCGAAGUUAGAUGAGAAACAGCUUUCCUUCAAAGUCAACAGAGAGCUGCUUUAGAUUAUAAAUACUCCGUUUUCUCUCAGAAGGCUGAUGUUCCUCCUCAGGAAAGCAACUGAAGGAAAAAGUACCAGAACAGUUUCUUGUCUCUGACUUUAAAAAGCAGACUGGCCUCGAGGUCGGUGGGGUGGCACUGGGGGGCCCCCCUGUUGUGCGGUGGGAAGCGGCAGACAGGCCGAGCUGUGCGUUUUAGUGUGGGAGGAAGGCACAGAGCAGUCUCAUUGAUUUUUCAAUUAUAAAAUCAGAAGACUUGUGAAGUUACUUACCUCUUAAAAAGGCAUUUAAUACCAUAUUUUUAUAUCAUUAAAUAAGUUUUAUUUCAAAAUACAA